AUGCCUCCCUGGUCCUGGGGCAGGUAAAGGCGGCGAGGCGGGGCGGGGCGCAGAGAAGGGAGGCCGCUGCUUGGCGGUGCCGGUUGCGCUCUGGCCGCUGGCUCGGGACUGAGAGGAGGCAGAGCGGCGGGCGCCGCAUUUAACCGGGGCGGCGUGGGGAGCGGCUGGGGGCCGAGCCCUCCCCCUGGAGGCUGCAGAGAGUGGGGCUGCAGCCCCAUGGCGAGUGGCGGGGCUGCGCGGGGCCGGCCCCACCCACGCCCCCGCCGCCUGGCAACGCGCAGGGUGGCGCCGUCUCCUUCCCGCCCUCUCCCACGAAGAUCUUCGGGGUGGGGGUGGGCGUGUGUCCCCGAGGCUGUCUCGCAAGGUCAAGGAAGGCGGGAGAGACAGGAGCCCGAGUCUCCAAGGAAGAGGCUGGUCCCGUCAGGCUGGCAGUUCAUAGACUCGUAGAGCUGGAAGGGACCCUCAGGGAUCAUCUAGUCCAGCCCCCUGCGACGGAGGAAUCUCAGCUAAAGCAUGCCUGGCAGAUGGCCAUCCAACCUCUGCUUGGAAACCUCCGAGGAAAGAGAGUCUACCACCUUCCCAUGGAGUUGGUUGGUUCCCCUGCCCAACAGCUCUUAACUGUCAGAAAGUUCUUCCUGGUGUUUAAUUGAAAUCUCCUUUCCUGUAGCUUAAAGCCAGUGGUUUGAGUCUUACCCUCCGGAGCAGGGGAAGACAAGCAUGCUCCAUCUUCCAAGUGACAGCCCUUUAGAUAUUUGAAGAUCAUUCAAAGGAAUGGGAAUUGAUCAUUAUUAUUAUUUAUUAAAAAUUUGCAUGCCGCGCUUCAUCGGUGCCCAGCAUAAAAACACAAGAUAAAAACACAAAAUACAUAAGAAAAGUAAGAAAAGAAAACAGUAACCCCCAAGCCCUCUCAGAAACACAUUUAAAAGUAUGGCAUGUGCAUGUAUUCACACAUGUUCUCUGCCUGGGACAGUCAACCUGGGGCCCUCUAGAUAAGGUGGACUACAGCUCCCAUUCCCAUUGGCCAGUAGUUCGGUUGUCUGGGGCUGAUGGGAGCUGGCAUCUAAUAACAACCAGAGGAUGCAGUGUUGCUUAUCUCUGGUUUCUGCUCUCCCCAACCACAUGUCCUCCAGAUUUCUAGCUCCCAUCAUCCUUCACCAUUGAGAUGUGCUGACAGAGGUAGAGGGCACCAGGUUGGGAAAGGCUUAAAGCAGGCAUCGCUAUCCUAGCUCCCAUCGCCAGAUACUUGUUUCAUCCCACACACCCCAUUUUUGCAAAUUUGAUUGAUAGUUUGAACAUGGGAUCUAUCCCUGUCAUAGAAUAUCUUAAAUGUGUAUACAUGGAUCUCAUCGCCAUCACUCUGACACAGGAAGUCUGUUGAAAGGGCACUGACAGUCUACAUUUCCCCACAGAUUUUUUUAAAAAGCAACAGUAGGGACUCUUCCUGCAACACAGACAUAACAACAUGACAAACACCUGGACUGCCUGCCCCUAAAUUCGACCCUCACACCACCAUAGUCUCUGUUGUUAAUAUCCUUAUUGUUGUUGUUAUGUGUGGAUUUAUAUUCCACUUGAUACCAAUGUGGUUUCUAAGCGGUUUACAGUUGCACAGCAUUGUUAAAAUACAGAAUAAUUAAUAUUGCACCCUGAAAUACUCCUGAAUAUAUGGGAAAAUAAUAUCUGGGAUACAACAAUGCCUCAGUAUCUCACCAGACACAGGAGGGCGAUUAAAGACAAAGCAAAAAGAAAUACCUUUCAAGAAACGUGGACCCCUCUCUUUAACUAUGUUAUUGACCAGAAUCAAGAUCUUGUUAUAACCAACUGAUCAGUCUUCUGCAUGGAUAGAUGGCAUUAAGUAAUGUGUUUGAAAGUUGAAUAUGUAAGCCUAAAGUCAAUGGACAGAACAAACAGCAUUAGAUGUGCUGCUGGAUAAGUGUUGAAUGGUUCUUGUUUUCAUAUUUAUCUGAAACCAAUUUUUAAAAUGUUUUAAAAACAGUUACACCAUACACAAUAAAAUGAUCCCAUCCAAACAUUAAAAUAUAAACACCCGUUAUUAAAUCUACUGUAAAACAGCCCCAUUAACGCAGCUCAGCAGUUAAAAUAGGACAAGAGGCUUAAGAGUUAUUUGAUCAAGUCUUGGCUGAUGUUGGAAAGAGUCAAUGGGUGUUGUCAACAUUGCAGGUCCUAUUAAAGAUUGGGGGUGCCUGCAUAUGAUGUUAUCAGGCAUUAAGCUAUCCAAUCUGUAUUGGCCUUUUAAAGAUUUAGGGCCUUCUAGUACACCUUCUGUGCAAAGAAUGUAUGACCCACAUUUGGCUCUGGGUGGCUUUAAGCUUCAUCACUUAAAUUGGGGUAAACAGGAGUAAUCGAGUGUAGACGUGUGAAGGAAAUCAGACCUGCUGAGGUACAUGUGACUCCUACAAAUGUAAACAAGAAUCUUGGCACAGAUUAGACUCGUACUGUCCUGAGAGUGCUUGACUGGCCAGCACAUGAACUGGACAUUAAUAGCAUUUCAUUGCUUUUUAUGUUAGUGAUGUGUUUAAUUGCAUGGAAUUUCCUUGGCAGGACAGCAAUCGUGCCUCCAUUUAAUUUGUCUUGAGCGCUUCAUGUUGCUGCCUGUCCAGAAGAGGGUGGUAAGGACAGCUGUGUUCAGGUAGAAAUAUCAAUCAUGAAACAUGUCCAUCAAAUUCUGACUUUACAUAAUUGAAAAAUUAUUCACAUGUUCUGAGGCUUUUUAUCCGCAGUCAUCAAUAGCCAGGGAGGGGUUUUGUUUUUCUCCUUUAUUCCACUGUUGGUAUGUGUUUGGAAACAUUCUUUCUGUUUGGUGCAGAGCUGGACCAGGGGGUGGGGGACCCAGAGCUUAGCCAAUUGAGUAGAAACUGGCAAGGAUGAUACUUUCAAAUGUCAAAUAAACUACCAGGAGAUAAGAAGAGUAUCUGCUCUAAGGAAGUUGUCUCUUGGCCUUGGUACAACCUGAUUCUGAUAUUACCAGGCCUCACCUGGAGGUAUCAUGUACAGUUCUGGGCCCUGCAGUUUAGGAAGGAUAUCGACAAACGAAGAGGUUCAAAGGAGAGCAACGAAGAUAGAAGCAGUGGCAUAGCGUGGGUUGUCAGCACCCGGGGCAAGGCAAGUAAUUUGCGCCCCCUAACCCCUAAACAGGUAGGGGCAGAGAGCUGCGAGUGCAAGCGCCCCCCCCAGAUGUUGCGCCCGGUGCGGCCGGCCCCCCCUGCACCCCCCACGCUACGCCACUGGAUAGAAGAGAUGAUAAAGAGGUGAUACAAUAGCCGCUUUCAAAUAUUUGAAGGACUGGCACGUAGAUGAUGGAGAAAGUUGUUCUCUGGUGCUCUAGGGGGCAGGCCCUGGACCAAUAGGUUCAACUUACAAGAUAAGAGAUUUGAAGUAAACAUGGACUGCCUUGGGAAGUGGCAGAUUCUCUUUUGUUAGCUGUUUUUAAGCAGAGACUGGAUGGCUAGUGAUCAGGGAUCUUAUAGCAGCAGCUUCCCUGCAAUGGCAGAGGGUUAGACUAGAGAACCUUUUGAGAUAUCUUCCAUCUCUACAGUUUUAUAGCUAAAAUUAGCCAUUUGUAAAUACCCUUUAAUACUGAUAGUGAUAAUGGUUUGCAGCUGCAGAAAUCCCCACUUGUGUGUUAAUUAUCACUUGGCAUACCAUUCACAUGGGACCAUAGGGAAGAAAAAUGGUGGAGCUGUGCGUUUUGAUCAAAAGUGGCAGUUCCAAAUUAAGUUACAUUAUGAAUUAAUAAAUAGGUCACCAGCUUGAUCAAUUGAUGUAUAGAUAAAUAUUGCAUAAAAUCAUGUGGAUUAUGGAUCUGUGAAAAAGGCCAAAUGGUUCUGAACCCCAUGUAGCCACUGGCCAAGAUUCUGUGACGUCAUGGAAUAUUCAUGGCUGAAAACCAAUCACCUCAUCAGGAAACUAGCCUGGCUUACAUUUUAACACUUGCUGGAUCCAGGGUUUAGAAGGGUCUCUACAUGCAGCCUACUCCUCCAAACUCAUAACAUUAUGUUUCCUAGCACUGCUUUGCAGAGCCAUCUGAAUCCUGGAUGGGAGCUCUAGCACUGGAAGAGAAGUGAUUUAGAGACAUUAAAGCUCCAUCCCAGCUAACAACGCAACACAUUGGUGCAGACAUGACCAAGUAAUAAUAUGACACAAUACUCAAAGCCUUGUAUGGAUUCACUAUAAUCAAUGUCAGAAGGAACAAAUAAUUCCCCGUAAUCCUAAACAUAUACCAUGUGCCAGAAGGCCGUUGCCCAUGGACUUUGACGAAUGUAAAUUUAAACCAGAUGAUGGACGUUGGGUGGUCUCCAGUAGAUUUGAAAUCUGAAGAUGGAACAUGGAAAUAGUUCAGCCAACAAAAAUUUAAAGAACAAUAGACCGUUGUGGUGUAAGAACAGAGUAGAUGUGGUCCACUGGAUUGAGCAUGCCAAGGGACUGGGCUUCCAAACUGCAUUUCACAAGGUGAAACAAAGCAGAAAGAGACAAGAGUUUUACAGUGAGGCAAAGGUGGUGUGAUAGAAGCACAAGGAAUAUAAGAAGCUUCCUUCUACUGAGUCAGACCCAUCUUGCCUAGCAUUGCUUGCAUAGGCUGGCAGUGACUCUCAAAGCUUUCAAGCAUGAAAUUUUCUCAGCCCUACCUGGAGAUGCUGGGGAUUGAACCUAGGACCUUCUGCAUGCAAAGCAGAUGCUCUACCAAUGAGCUAUGGCUCUUCCACUAAUACAGUCUUCCCUAUCCCUGUCUUAUAUAAUCAGCACUGCUUUCGCUAUGAUUAUUUUACAGACCUUUAAGCCAGGGAUAAGGAACCUGUGGCCCUCCAGAUGUAGGUGGACUACAGUUCCCACCAUUCCUGACGGGAGCUGAUGGGAACUGGAGUUUAACAACAUCUGAAGGGCUAGUUUCACCAUCCCUGAUUUAAGCUUUGAUGUAAUUGUCAGUUUGUAGCUUUUACAUUUCAUUUCCCUCUAACCUUACUGUUUACAAUGUACACACACAGAGCUCUCUCUCUCUCUCUCUCUCUCUCUCUCUCUCUCUCUCUCUGUGUGUGUGUGUGUGUGUGUACCUACACCUGUCAUCUUAGAAUAACACAUUAUGCCACUUUUGUACACCAAAACCUAUUCCACAAUUGUUGUUGUUGUUUAGUCGUGUCCGACUCUUCGUGACCCCAUGGACCGGAGCACCCCAGGCAUUCCUGUCUUCCACUGCCUCCCGCAGUUUGGUCAAACUCAUGCUGGUAGCUUCAAGAACACUGUCCAACCAUCUCGUCCUCUGUCGUCCCCUUCUCCUUGUGCCCUCAAUCUUUCCCAACAUCAAGGUCUUUUCCAGGGAGUCUUCUCUUCUCAUUUGCUCAACUCUAAGACGCUUUGUUUUCAUAAAGCACGGGCUGUUUCUGAAUUCUGUUCAGGUGCCACAGAGUUCUAGGAAUGCAGCAAAGAGAUAGAGCUAGGAUCAAAGCUGUCAUUACAGGAGCUGAGAUGCUGGGUAAUUUGCAAAACAUACCAAAAAGAGUUCAGUCAAUUUCUGUGUCCUUGCAUAAUUACCCAGCUGCUGGCCAUUUAGGCUCCUAAGCCCCAUCAGAUCAAACUGUAUGCUUAUGAGUACUUGGAAGCAAGUCCCAUUGUGUCCAGCAAGGUUUUCUCCCAGGUAAGCAUCUACAGGAUUGCAGUCUUGUUGCAGGCUUUCUUUCCCCUCCUUCCAUCAAUGAACACACAUGCAUAAAAUAGACAGGCAAAAGAAACGUCAGUGCUUAUAGCUCUGUACCAGAGCAAGCUGCAACAUGAAGAGUUUUUCCACCACCAGGCGUCCCAGUUCCUAUAUAUAUCAGCAGAAAUGUGAUUGAUGUUGAGCUUCUUCAUAACCUGCUACCCUCAAAUAUACCCACCACACCACACCACGGCUGUCAGUUUUAAAAUGCCAUACCUGGGUAAAGGCAACAGUUUUGCAGACGUGGCAUUUUCUUGGAAGGUAUCUUGUGCUUUUGCAGUAAAUCUCCUGGUAUGGAUUGUCCAGGAUUCAAAAGGUUUCAUCUUCAAGGAGUAGAGAAUUAUCAGCAUGUUGUCAGUCCAGUUUAUGUGAGGGCAAGCAUCAUUGUCAGCUUUGCUUGGGAUAAAGCCUCACACUGCCCCAAAGGACAGAAGUGGUUUGUGAGGAAGUUAGAGGACUGAAAGUAGGUCACAGGAGAUAGGACAGUUAAGGAGAAGGAAGCCCAGAGGAAAAGAUGGCUGAGAAAGGGAGUAGAAAACAGACAAGGAACCUGGAACCUGGGAAAAGGGCAGAGGAGACAGGGGACUGAGCAAAACAAUAAGAGGAGAUAACAAACCAGUUGGCCGAAGCCUUCGGGUGGCUUAAUAACAUUGUUGGAUGUUCCAAAGAACAGUGUUCUUUCCUGUUGGAUUUAUGUUUCCUUACCAAAGUACAUCCUUGGUAGAUGAGCCAUCUUAAAGGGAUUCUCAUUUAAUAGAGUACAAUUCAGCUAUUAUUCUUCUAUUUUUGCCAAGAUAUGUUAUUCAACAUGCAAUAGGAGGUUUAUAUAACCACGUCUGGAAUUUAAGGACUGAAUCAAAGAAAUAAUUUAUCCUGGGCUGUUGGACACUAUAAUAAAUCAUUGUGUUAUACCACCUUGUUAUUUCACACUAUGGAAGUGUACCUAGAGAAAGAAAGACAGGUAUGUUGCUGAAUGGCACAAUAUCACAGGCCAGUGGAGGAAUCCAGUAAUCAGUGUGAUACAUGAGGCUGCUGAUCUUGUGUUCUGGCUUUUCAAUGAUAGACCUGAGCUCCCUUUACUUAUACCUGUGGUUCUACUCUGCUGCCUCCAAUGUAGAUCCAAUCCAGAGCAAGCUGACCCUCUCCGAAAUGGAGUGCGCAGGUACCUUCAGCUCCCAUCUGACCGGACUGUGCUGAUAGUCCAUGCGAAAGUUGCUCAGAAAUCGUAUGGCAGUGAAAAGAGGUAGGAAAUCAGCUUGAACUUCCUGUUAAAAUCAGAAUUUUAAUGGGGCUCUCCACAGUAGAGAGACUAAACAGGUGGCAUGUGUGUGCAUAUGUGCUCUACGUGAAAUGAAUUGUGGGUCUCAUGGUGUUCCAGUAGUUUUUCAAGCACACCCAGCUCUGCUUCUAAGGUAUUCAAUUCCCUUUCUUAGGUCACAUCCACACUAUAACAUAUAAAGCAGCGGUGGCCAAACUUGGCCCUCCAGCUGUUUUGGGACUACAAUUCCCAUCAUCCCUGACUACUGGUCCUGUUAGCUAGGGAUGAUGGGAGUUGUAGUCCAAGAACAGCUGGAGGGCCAAGUCUGGCCACCACUGAUAUAAGGCAUGUGGCUUCGCCCAAAGAAUCCUGAAAGUGGUAGUUUACCUCCUCAUGGAGCUACAAUUCCCAUCACCUAUAGCAAACUAUAGUUCACAGGAUUCUUUGGUGGAAUCACCAUUUCCAGGAAAUGCAUAGAGCCAGAAUUCACUAGUGUUGCCAAUGUAUAACAUUUGUGGUAGAUUCCCCAACUCGUGUUCUUGUUUAAUACUUACUACACUGUGUUGUUGAAACCUGAAUUGUUUCCACUAGCAAUGGAGGAUAAAUUAUUGUUUUAUAUGACCUUUCAUACACAUCUGAAGGCAGCCCUGUUUCAGGAACCUUUUAAUGUUUGAUGUUUUGUUUUGUUCCUUUAUAUUUUGUUGGAAACCACCCAGAGUAGCUAGGGUAACCCAGUCAGAUAGGUGGGAUACAAGAAAUAAACCAUCAUUAUUAUAAAUUAUUGCUAUUAUUGCUAUUAUUACUUUGUUUUGAAUUUUAAUGCAAAACUCCCUAAUUUGUACCUCUAGUAACAAUACAUGAACUGAAACACAGCUAUCCUUCAAAAGAACUGGCUCUAAACUUGUUAGGCUAAAGUCUAAAUGAGUCAGAUGGGACCCUGUCCUGUAAUGAACAUCCUCAAAAAAUACUAUUAUGGCAUCGGAGUAUAAAACCACCCAUUCUGGUGUGUUUUAUUACCAACAUUUUUACGCACUACCAAUGCAGCAUGAAUCCUAGGCAUUCACGUGAGUUUAAAGACAGCGGAAACCCAAAUAAAACACAGGAAAACACGUUUCCAAACCUUUGGACCUCAAUUUAUUUGUGUUGGUCUAAGGAUCUCGCUGUGAAUGUAAACUCUGUUCCCAGCCUGUGAAACUUCCACAUUCCAGGCUGAGACAGUCACAGGGACAAGUCCUCCCUCUGCUCAAGGAGAAGCGAAGAAACGAGAGCUUUCCCCUCUAUAUAAUCACCACCAUCUUCCACAGUAGGAGGUCAUGUUGAGCUUGCUGUGCCUCUGAUAGAUGUGGCUACUCCAUGUUGAUGUCUGGAGCCCAGAUCAUAACAAGAGACCCCUGUGCCUAUUCAGCACUAUGGAAAGUAAUUUGGUAAAAACAUGAACAAUGAGAACAAUUCCGUAUGUUGGAAACAAUUAAAAACAAUUCCAUAUACAAAGUAAUGACCUGUCCAAGGCUAUCCUGCGAAUGUGAUGGCUCAUCAGGAAUCGGAACAUGUGUGUCCCAGAUUGAACCAUGACAGCUUAGUCCUUUUCCCAUUCCACCGCUCUUUAAUAUUGGUGAUCAUUUGGUUAUCCAGAAGGUUGUAACAGGAAUUCUGUGUGCAUAUUGUACACAAAUCCUUGUACAAUAUACAUAGCAAUGCUAUCUUGGUAUGAAAUCUUAUAUAAAUUAAUAAGAAAAAAAGAUUUCUGAAAAGUUAUAUUUAUAGGUGCCCCUUCAUAUUUUAUUUUAUUUAGUUUAUUGAUUUGGUCUUUCAAAUUAACGUCUUAGAGAUAUAUCAAACAUAAAUCAUAAAAACAAGAUUCCAAGGAAUCUCCUGGACUUCUAUCCUCCCUUUGUGGGUCCUAUUAUUGAUCAUUUCCUCCUGCAUCUUUUAAGAUGAUCCAAAUCUUUUACAUCUCCACUGUGUCCAGAAUUCACCUACAAGUGAUAUUCCAAUCCUGCUAACGAUUUUACCUGUUUAAACAGCCCCUUCAUAUUUUCUAACCUUGUGGAUGUAUUUAGGAAAGGAAUUAAUAUAUGGCCCUCUUUGUUUGCUUUUUUUUGGUCCCACCCCUGCCCCAUUUUGUUGCUAAAAAAAAACAAACAUUUCCACACUUGCCUUUUUUCUGCAUGUUGCCUUGUACAAGCCUUCGUUGUAUCUUUUUAUAAAAUAAUGGCAAUGUAGUUUGUAUCACAAUUCUCCAGGGGGGGAGGGGGAAACCAGAACUCUUGUCAGUGAAGUGUUCUUAGCUUAAUCGUUUACUUUUUCUUUUCUUCUCAGGUUUUUCUGCCCCCCGCCUUGCGUUUACCUGACUGGACCAGGCUGGAAGUUGAAGAAGGAAGACAUGAAAGGUAUGGCAUAUGUCAUCUGAAGUCUUCUCCGCUGUUGCCAUUAAUUCUUCUCUGAGCGAUAAUGGACUUGGGGGACAGAGUCCCUUGAUGGGCAGUUGGGCUGCCCAACCCCAAAUACCACUGUAUUUCUAUUUAAAUUAUAGCAAUUAUUUCUAAGUUUGCAUCUACUGUAUACAUAAAAGUCACCAUCAUGGGCAAAUUGUUGUUCUCUUUUUUGUUGAUGUAGCUCCUCCCCCCCCCCCCAGUGAAUGAAUAAGUGCCUACUUUAGAAUCAGUAGGUGCCCAGUUUGGAUCUCACCUCUGCCCUGAACUCACUACGUGUCUUAGGCAAGCUCAGCCCCAGCUGCUUCCAUCUGCAAUAGGGUGUGUGUGUGUGUGUGUGUGUGUAAUAAUAUUUACUCAAGUCACAGGGCUCUUGCAAAGAUUGCAGCUAGAUAAUGCACAUGGGGUGCUUUGAAUGUUGAAAAGCACUAUAUGCUCAAUGCCACCCAUUCUCAACUGAGCCACCACUAUGUUCUCACGCCAUGCAACUAUGUUUUUCAUCUGGAGCUAUGCAGAGUCCCUGUUGAUACCUCCUUUCUUAGCCUAAGGGUGUCCCUGCUCCUUUUGAUCAUUCUUUGCCAUAGGACACCAAGGGGAAUCAACAGGACAUGUGUCUACUUAGGUCAAAGUUUACCUUGGCCUCUGCUUCCUAGUAGACUUGACAGAUUAUUGACUGCAGUGGCUACAGAGAAGCCCACCACCACCCGACUAUCAGCCUGUAAAAACACCACAAAAUAUGGAGCAGUUGGGCUUCAGGCUGGGCUGCCAACUGCAGGAAAUGUGUCCAGACCACAGGGAGAGUUUUACAGCAUCAGGAUUUGCUGACACAUCAAGGGGCAGAGGAAGGUGAUAACACAAAAACCGGCAUUGCUUUGAAAGGGGAGAUCUGGGUCUGCAUUUGAACAUUAUUUACCUGUUAAUCCACUUUCCCUUCCUUCAAAUUAGACCAGAGCAGUCCACACCUGCAGGUAUUUGGAAUUUGUAUAUGUGAAGCAACUUCAAUCUUCCCUGUUCUUGCCUGCAGGCUUUCUCUUUUGCGUUCAAAUAAUAGAAUUAUAAUGCUUUCUAAUUCUUGAUUUGGUUAUGUCAGUUAAGUGUGAACAGGGCAUGUACACAAAUAGCUGUACGUGCAUCUUGGGGGGGGGGUAAUUUUAAGAAAAAUCCCCAGGCAAGAAGUGUGCAAAGGCACCCAGUCAAGCAAUUGUAAAUGUGCUUGUGCAGUUUUCUGGCUUUGUGCAAAUCAGGGAGAUCAAAAGAAAUAUAUAGAUCCCUAUGCCCAGGAGCAUACUGGAAAUAGGCUAGUGCACAACCAGACGAGAAAUGAAAGCAUAGAAGGAGGAGGAGCAGAAAGUGACAAUUGAGGCACCCACUCAAAAGCACGGGGGGGGGCAUCUGCGACCCCACGUGGGCAGUGUGGAACCCAAUUUGUCAUAUUUUUCCCAUAUCAGGCGAACCCAGAUUUACAAGGGGGAAAGCAAUGAGAUUACUGCUGUUUGAGGUUAAUUUCUUGAACACUGUGCAAAUUAAAUGGGAACACAAACAGCUGCAAGCACACAGUAAACUCCAGUGUGAACAAGCCCUGCUAUGCUGGAACAUAGGAGCUCCUAUGAUUUCUUUUCAACACCCUCUUUUUAGACGGAGAUAAAAACUGACCACAAAGAAUUCUUUGAGAAUAUCAACAAGCAUGUGGACAGGGUUGGUUUUGCAUAUCAGGUGUCGCUAGUGAGGUACUCUGCGUAUGUUGCUGCUUCCUAGAGGUCAUCACGAGAUCUCUGCUUCACUUCCUUUCCUUCUCCUGCCAAAGAUCCAACAGACUUCAGUUCCAAAGUCUGUGGCUAUAUAGGACUCGAUGGCACAAGCAGCAGCCACGUGGAGACCCAGAAGCUAAACUUUGAGGAGCAGCUAGAUUCCAAGGUAAGCAGCAAAUUAAGGCUCAGUGGUAGAACAUCUGCAUUGCACACAGAAGGCCUCAGGUCAAUCUCCAACAUCUGUAGGUAGGGCUGGGAGAGAGCCUUGUCUGAAACCCUGGAGAGCCCCUUGAGGUCACUGUAAACACACCUGAGCUAGAUGGACCACAUCUGAUCUACAUCUGCUCUACAUCUCAUCUCAGCUAGAUCUGAGCUAGAUGGACCACAUCUGAGCUAAAUGGACCAUCUGAACUAGACAGACCAAUGGCAGCUCCCUAUAUUCCUAAGGUGGAUCUGUUCAGGGCAGAUAUGAUAUGUAUUGUUAAUAAACCCAGCUCACACUUAAAAAAAAUAAUGAUGGUGAUGGAUCUCAAAACAUAACAAUUUGUGCCUUGCACUGAACAUAUUUAUGCUCAUUCUUUUUUAAAACUGCUGCUGCUUUUUUUGCAGAGUGGGGAUGCUGUUUCCUGAUUUUUGCAGUGAUUUGAGGCAUGGCCCAGUCAAAUUCAUUGUUUUCAAUGGGAGACUUCAGUUUAUACUGAAUUUAACCCACAAGAAACACUUGCUUAAAUCUAUUUGGCUUUAAGCCUGCCGUCCUAUACAGUUACCUGAGAAUAAGUCCCAUUGAACUCUGAGCUUACUUCUGAGUAGGUAUGCAUUAGAUUGUGCCCUCUUUGCCCUGCCCUAUACAUGCCAUUCUUUUUCUCUGUUUGCUUUUACAGUAUUUUACAGUAUUUUAAAUGCUAUAGUUUAGAAUGAAAUCUUAUACGUCUCGCAAGGGCAAUUACAUAUUAGAAAUUGUACCUUAUCAACUGAUCAGUGCCAGCCUUGAGACAUGCCGAGGAAAAAGAUGUGGAGCAUGGCUGGAGUUGUAGUGAGAGUUCAAACAAGUCGAAGCCUCAUAAACAGUGACAUUUUGCAAGAAAACAGAGCUCAAAGGGGAUUGUUUGAGCCAAGGACUCAGGUACAGUCAUCCAAAACCAGCAGGUGGUGUUAUGUGUACAGCCAUUCACAGGGUUCCACUGUGCACAGGGAGAAAGGCAAGGUCCAUAACUUGUGCAACUUGGCACUAUGUCAUCAUGAUGGCCGAUGUGCAUGAAAGGUAUAGAUUAGCAGGGAUCAGAAUCAGAUAAGGUAUACCACACAUCAUACAACCCAGCCAAUGUGAUCCUCACUGGGACUGCCAGUGAGCUAGAAGUUGGGCCUUUCCAUCUGCCAUGCAAUGGCAGUUAGAAUCCAUUUAUUUGUUGUUUGUUUGUUUGUUUGUUUGUUUGUUUGUUUGUUUGUGUUUUAUAAAUUCUACUCCUCAGCCAGAUAAGGCUCCCAGAUCAGAUUAUUGUUUUUUUUAAAAAAAAAAACACCCAACUCCCUGCCCUGAUGCUUACAAUUUUAAGAGGCAAAGCACAAAAGGAAAAUGAACAGGAAGGGAGUAGGAAAUAGGCAAACUCCAGUUCAAGUUUUUAGUUGUAAGUUCUAAUGACAAGCUGGUAUGGAAAGGAGAGGGGACAUCAAAAGUCACUGGUCUCUAAUAUAAUACCCUUGAAUAUCUUCUUUUUCCUUCCCUAAUGCUGCCAGGUUGUUGGCAGUCUCAUUGAACGAGCAAAUUUUAUUGGUAUUUUUUGGGUUUUUGAAAAGAUUUUAUUGGAUUUUUACAGUUUUAUAUUCAAUCAAACAACACAAUAUAACACUUGUCAUAUAAAAGAAAAAGAACCACCCCCACCCCCAUGAGUUCCCUCAAUUUCCCCUUCUGGUUCUUUAAAUAUUUACUACUUCUGCUUAUCUAUUACCUUAUUUUUAUAAUCCUAUACCUUAAUACUCUUAUUUUCUUAUCAGUUUUAUAUCAAAUUUUCCUUCAUGAUUACAUCUUAUAGUCAAUUUCAUUCCAUGUUAUCCUUACUUAACCUUUUUUCUUAUUUUCUUACUUGUGUUUAAUCAAACCCUGCUAGUGAGUCCAUAUCUUUACAGUAUUUCUGUAAAUACAACAUAAAAGGUUCCCAGUCUUUUUUAAAUUCUUCAUUAUCAUUGUCUCUGGUUCUUUCCGUCAGUUUUGCCAUUUCUGCAUAUUCCAUAAGCUUGACUUGCCAUUCUUCUUUCAUUGGUAUCUUGUCGUCCUUCCAUUUUUGGGCUAGUAGAAUCCAAGCCGCCGUUGUAGCUUACAAAAACAACUUCUUCCUUCUUUUCGUAGUUCCUGUCCUAUUACACCCAACAGAAAAGCUUCUGGUUUUUUAACAAAGGUUAUUUUAAACAUCUUCUUCGGUUCAUCAUAUGUCAUUUCCCAAUAACUUUUAAUUAUUUUACAAUUCCACCACAUGUGGUAAAACAUACCUUCUUUCUCUUUACACUUCCACCACUUAUUAGCACUUGUUCUAUACAUUUUUGCCAGUUUGACAGGAGUAAGCUUUGCUUCUUUUUAAAACUGCAAAUCCCCUUCUGUGGUUUUGAUAAAAAUCCCUCCUCUGAAGCUGGUGUUUGCAUUGGGAGAGAAUCCAUCAUUGGCGUUACAGAACAGACGAUGCAUGCCACACAGGGUUAUACAGUCCUACAGACUGCCGGGACACAGGCUCACUCCUCCUUCCCCCAAGCCCUGGAAGUGUUUGCCCAGCUUAGGGAAGGAGACACAAUGUUCCAAUGGAGUCCAAGAGCCCUCCUGCUUCGUCCCCCACCACGCAAAAAAGAUGGUGGUACUGUGUACCAUUGCAUACAGAUAGGAAGAAAAAGCAGUGCCACAAUCCAAUAUGAAAUCUGAAUGUUGUGAAAUUUCGACACAGUGCUCGUAUUUACCAUCCUUCCCAGUUCUGAUUCUAUAUGAGCUGUGGAGCCACUUUGGAGCCAAGCCACCAAAAUAUAGCCACCAGAUUAAAAGGAUAUGGGGUCCAUUCCUAAAAAUAAACGUGUGAUGUUAUUGGAACACCAAGUGAUUUCCCAUUACCACUCCUUUGCCAUUGGAUAAACAAGCAUCGUGACAUCUUAAACAUGGCCUCAGCCAAGAGGCGAAUGAAAUACUGGGCUUGGUGUAGGGGAAUUAAGUCUCUAGGGAGAUCAGCUAGUGCCUUGAGCAGGAAGAGCCAACACCCAUCUUGGAUCGUAAAGUCUUGAUAGGAGAAUGAUCCCUCAGGGGACUAUUGCUUGAGAGACUAAAAGGCCUUUGGUUUGCUCAAAUGUCUUUUGCGUUCCUGUAACAGAAACUUGCAGGAAGCCUUCCCCCGGACAGGCACACUGCCCUUGGAUGAAGUCUAGUCUAGCAUCAUGCUACAGGCUGGCAUGUGCCGCAAGGGCAUACAUGUCAGAUGACAUAGAGACUAGCCUACAAAAUGUCAGGGCCCUAGGACAGGAGCCUCCCACUAGGAGGAAGAGUUGGCAAUUCACUUCCCACGCAAACCACGGCAGAUGCCAACAACUUAGUUCAGUCGAUCAAUCACAUGAGCUAACAGAGAAAGGGCCUUACUUUUUGUUGUUGUUAAAAAAAUUUUUAUUGAAUUUUCAAAAGUUUAACAUGUAUACUUCAAUGCCUGGCACCUUACAUUGUUGCACACCGCUCCCUUCACACCAUUUUGCUGUACACUGAAGAUGCUUUAGGCGCGCACCUUAAAAUAAGUGUGAAUGAGACAACUGUGAGUUCACCAAUUCAUGCAUCAUGCAGGUAGAAUAAUAAAAUUGUGGAGUUCAAAGGGACCCCAGGGGUCAUCUAGUCUAACCCUCUGCAAUUCAGGAAUCUCAGCUAAAGCAUUAAUUUCAGAUGGGCAUCCAAAUUCUGCUUAAUAAACCUCAAAUGAAGAAGAUUCCACCGCCUCCCCAAGGAUAGCUACAGGUAUCCACAUAAAAAUGCUCAAAUGUUGGCCAUUUUCCAGAGGACCUGAUCAAAUGUAUUGGUUCUCCUCUGCCUUCUUCUGCAGCAUUCACAGUUUCUUCCCCCCUAAAAGUCAGUUUUGUUUACUCCUUCACAUCACUAUCCUCUUGCAUGUGGCCUCCAGAAAGAAAACCAGACUCUCCGGAGCUUCAAAGAAACCCAUCUGCCUUCAUCACUGCCUUUGUCCUUCCACAGCUGGUUUUCUGUGGUUGGUGAUCUGCCAGGGAUUACGCAGCUUGCAAAGCUGUAGGUUUCUGCUGGUGAACAUAGAUAUUGCUCGCUGCCAAGCGAAAGUACCUUCUUUCGUUGGCAGAUAAGCGGUGAAAGAAACCCCUAAAUGGUCCCAAAAGAUCAAGAGCGGGAGCGAUAGCUUGGCACCUUUUUAUAGAACCAAAAUGUCUGUGGCAUUAUCUCCAGCCUUGGAAGAAUGCUGGGACCAGGAGAAGGGCCAAGAAGGCUACAGAAGGGACCUUUGUCUCUGCAAUGCUUAACUCAUUGUGAAUGCAAAGCCUAUCAGAAGAGAGGGAGAGGGAGAGGGAGCGCCAAGAUGACUGGGAACUGUAAACCUAGGAGAUUCCUUGUGCUGUGCACAGCCAAUUGCACGUGAACAUUAAUUUUCCAUUUGGAUUUUCCUAACCCCAAAGUAAAUAAGCCUUCCCCAUCCCCAAGUUUUUCAUCCCACCUGUAAUAACAUCUCUAAUCACAUUCCCCUUUAAAUGAACCUCAAAGGGCUGUGAAUGGUGACCAUUAUGAGUUCUGCUGAGAGUUGCUUCGUCCCACAUUUCAUUCUUGCUGGUGACAAGCCGAGCUAGUGAUAGUUCACGCUGAUGCGAUUCCCUGAGAAGGCCAGUUUGUUUUCCCGCUCAUUGGUCCUGGAGACAAAAACAAUGCCUUGCAUUUCUUUGUAUUUCUUGCUUGGAAGGUUCCUUUCCCCUCCCAUCCCUUCCUUUCAUCUUGUUAAAAUAUUGCUGCUUUUUUCCGGGGGUUGUAUAACCUAAUCUCUCUAUCAAAGCAAGAUGGUUUGUAAUCCAAUUUACACAGUUGCUGUUAAAGUACUGCUGUCCUGUACUGCACUUCGAAGACGCUAACAGUUCAAUCAUGUUUGUGCCUACCUGUAAGUUUUGAGUACAAUGGACUUUACACCAAGGUAAGUGUGGUCCUCAAGCUUUUUUUCCUCUGGUCCCUACUUUCAGGAUAAAAAAAAAACAGUGGGGUUUUUUAUUGAUAAGAAAUGCAUUAGAAAACAAAAAGAAGCAACUGCUAGCACUGCUUGAUUUAUAACAUAGAACAGAACUGAUUUAUAAUUUGAUCAUGGGAUGUCCAGAAAGUAUAAAGCAAUGCCGCUACACAAGAACAUGCAUCGUUUCCAAAAUAUAAGUAUAAACAAGCCUCUUCCACCCUUUGAGAACCACUGGUGUACAGGAUUGUAGCCAUAACAAUCCCCCUCUUUGAUGCAGGUGUUCAGCUGUGCCAAAGCUCUGUACAUUUCAGACUCAGACAAGAGGAAGCACUUCCGGCUGGUCGUCAAUCUCUUCUUCAGCAACGGGCUGGAGAUCGGCACGUUCCACAGCAAGCUGAUCAAGGUGAUCUCCAAGCCCUCCCAGAAGAAGCAAUCCCUGAAGAAUACAGACUGUAAGUGACAUGGGCUCCUGGGUGCCAGCGGAAGGAGCCUUCCUUGUGUCUUUGGAGGCAGCCAAAGGAAGCCGCAAGAUAGGAUGGUAGACUGGUUGUAGUUGGAGAAGGUAACGCAACAGGCUAGGAAGGAGGCAUAGCGUGGAGGUAGAGCACAUGCUUAAAAGGAGCAGAGGGGAGAAGCUGGUUCAGACCCUGAAUCUGAGAUCCUAGAUGGCUGCUACCAAUAAGUAAGAGUAGUCCAGAGGUGGGGAACCUUUCUCAGCUCAAGGGCCACGUCUUCUUCUGGGCAGUCUUCUGAGGGCCAUGUGCCGGGUAGGAAGGCCAAAGACAAAAGUGAGCAGAGCAACCAAUGUAUCAUGUUCCUUUGUUCAAUAGGCUAGCUUCCACACUUACUCUGUAUCCUCCAUCCCAGACCCUCCAAGUGUCCCUGUUUUCCAGGGACAGUCCCGGAUUUACAGAAGCUGUCCGGUUUCUGAUUUGAACCCAGAAUGUCCAGCUUUUCCUUUGGGUGUCCCUAUUUUCAUCAAAGAAAUGUCGGAGGGUGUGGAGUUAUCUGACCCCCAUGCCAUCUGAAGGCAAACCUGUACAGUGGUACCUCGGGUUAAGAACUUAAUUUGUUCCGGAGGUCCGUUCUUAACCUGAAACUGUUCUUAACCUGAAGCACCACUUUAGCUAAUGGGGCCUCCCACUGCCGCUGUGCUGCCGCCACGCAAUUUCUGUUCUCAUCCUGAAGCAAAGUUCUUAACCCGAGGUACUAUUUCUGGGUUAGCGGAGUCUGUAACCUGAAGUGUCUGUAACCCGAGGUACCACUGUAUAGGGAAGCAUUUUUUAAUGUUUAAUGUUUUAUUACAUAUGUUAGAGGCCACCCAGAGUGACUGAGGCAACCCAGUCAGAUGGGGGGGGGAUAAAUAGUAAAAAAUCAUCAUCAUCAACAACAACAACAACAGCAGAAUAGGGCGUUCCUGUUUUCAGCGGAGAAACGUUGGCAGGUAUGCCAUCCAGAAAAGCAAGUGGCAUUAUUAGAGCUCAGGGACACAUUCCAGCCAGGCAAAAACUCUCAAGGAAGGUGUGAAGCAGGGCUGUUGAGAGGUGUGGCCUGGGGAGAGUUCCAAGAGUCAGAUGGAGAGGCCUGGAGAGGCCACCAUCAGCCAUCAAGCCUGAGGUUCCCACCCCUGAAGAAAAGAUGGACAAAUAUUCUGACCUGGUAUUAGGCAGCUUCCUAUGUUAAAGCAAGAACAUGUCAGCUUCAGGAAUCGGAUCCCUCCCCCAGUGGCAGUAAUUAAUCAGAAAGGAGUGUUCUUACCAGUUAGUUUCUUUAAUAAUCACAGCGAGAGACAAAGGAAUGCAUAUCUCACCCCCUCCAUCCCCAUUAAUCUAUGUCACUCCUACGUCGGGUAAUCUGAGCUUGUUGCCGUUGCGAUCUCUGUUCUAUCACCCUCAAAGCCCAUCUAGUCCUAGGCAAAGGGGGGUCAGGAAUGCUGUCCAAAGACACUGAAUCUGCAAGCUGUCUCUCUCCUGGUGUUUCCUCUUCUAGCUGUUCCUCACCCAGUAUCUCCAAGCUUUCCCCCUCAGGACUAUGCCCCUCUGCAAACCACUGUUCUAAAUCAAUGCUGUCCUCCUGCCCUUGGGAAGGUUCAGGAGAAGGGGGGGGGCUCCCACCAUUCCUUCUCAGUCCAGCCCCUGACAGAGCAAAGGAGGAAAAUGCUACCGUAGGACAAAAUAUCUGGGGUUGCAGAAGUGGAGUCUUCAGCAACAGCUUCCCUGAAUCCUGCACAUGUUGACUCCUUGCACGAAUCUCACUGUGUUCAUGGGCCUAUUCAUAUGUAAGCCUCUACAGGGCUGCAGCAUUGAACCUGGACUUAGCCAUUUACAUCAAUCUCUUCCCUGAUGCUCUCCUUCCUGUCCCCCUGCCACCCCGCAGUGUGCAUUCCGUCCGGGUCCAAGGUCUCCCUCUUCAACCGCCUGCGCUCCCAGACUGUUAGCACCCGGUAUCUUUCGUUUGAGGGUGGCGCCUUCACAGCAAGUGCCAGGCAGUGGGCAGCCUUUACACUUCAUCUGGGUGAGGCUUGCUAACGACAUGCUCAUUUUUAAUCACUAAUAAUGUGGGGACGUUGGUGGUUCUGACCUCCCAGCCAGUGGCAUUGCAACAUUUGGUGGCACUGUGCCCAAGAGUGGGUGCAACCUAGCCCAAAAUAAAAACGGCUAAUUAAGGCUUGGCAAUUAAUCAAACUAGGAAAAUUAGCAUCCGUUGUAGCAUCCCUGUUGAAGUUAUAAAUAUGUUUGGGGCCAGGGUGGACUGCUGCAUAAGAGUUAAAAUGACCAAGGGAUGACAGUUUUGUGAAAGGAUAAAAUAUGGUUUGGAAGGAGACACUGUUUUGUGAUUGCUGUCUGGGUACUGCAAGUGAGUCCAUGUCAAUGGGAUUGCCUUAAAACAGGGAUAGGGAAUGUGUUUCAGCUCAAGGGCCACAUGCCUCAAAAGCAGCAUUCUGAGGGCCACAGGCCAAAGGUGGGCGGGACCAUAAACAAAAGAGGGAGGAGAAACAGGUGGAACUCUUACCAUUGUACAAUAGGCUACAUUCCAGGGACACAAGUGCCAGAGGUUUACACACUCCCACACCCCUCCAUCUAGGCAAGCAAAAGGCAUUAUCGCAGCUCAAGGAUGCUUUGCAGCCAGGCAAUAGUAUUCAAGGAGGCCAUGGGGCAGGGCCAGUGAGGGGUGGAGCCUUGGAAGAAGGGGUGUGGCCUGGGGAGGGGGCAUAGCCUGGGGGCCAGACAAAAAGGUCUGGAGGGUGGCACUCAGCCCCCAAGCCUGAGGUUCCCCACCCCUGUCUUAAAACAUUUUGUCAAAUAAGGCACUCCUGUUAAGUCCCCCCUUCUUGCCCUUUGCAUUUAGCUUUUCACCUUUUUCUCACUUUUUCUUCUUUUCUUUUCUCCCAUCCUUGUUUAUAUCAAGCGGGUGAGUCCCAGGGUGAGUUCCCCCUGCGAGAAGGAUACAUUCACUAUGGUUCCACCAUUCGCCUCAUCUGCACAGCCACCAGCAUGGCCCUGCCCCCUCUGGUAAGGACUGGCAGUCAACUGGAAGGCAAAAACCAAGAAUCCAUCUUAACCUUCUCUCUCUCUUGCAUUAUCUGAAAUUCAAUACACUAUGCCGUGCAUCUUGUGCCUCACCCAGAUUUUGCGAUGGUUGCCUCCUCUUCUAGCUCCUCUCCCUCCCCAGGAAUUUGGCAUGGUUGCCACAUUCCACCAAUUAGUAUAUUUUCAGCCCAUCAUGUCCGUUUCACAUCCUAUGUAGUCCAUGUCCUAAAUACAUUCCAUCCAGGUUCAGCAUUCAAUCUGCAAUUAAAAAAACAAAAACACCCUUCAUGAAAAUCCAUAUUACGCUUAAUGUCAUAUUCCACAAAAUAUGUGUUGUGCACUAAAGUACAAUUUUUAUGCACAUUUUAUGCAUCUUUUGAACUGAGAACCUUACAGCAAAACCUGGAGAUAACAUUCUAGCCCCAUCCUGAUAAUUCAAUAGAGCAGUAUCCUAAGGACAAUACCAGAAUAAAAAACAUGAAGGGUCCCGUCCCCCGUCCCCCGAGCUGCUGUUAAUCCAGGCGUAUAAUCAUCUCCCCAGAUCAUUCGGAAAGUUGCUAAGCAAUCAGUGAUGUUGGAUGUGAACGAACCUGUCUCCCAGCUGCAUAAAUGUGCGUUCCAGCUGCAUGGCACUGACCGGAUGUACCUCAGUCUCUCCACAGAGAAAGUGGUUCAGUUCCAGGUAGGAGGGAUGGCGGGCAGAACUGGGGGGUCAAGUGAGAUACCCUCCACCCCAGCUGUAUCAAAAUAUUGCUGUAUUAUUUAAUUUGGAAUCUAUGCCACAGGGCUAGAGCAGAGCUGAAAUCAUUUCAAAAUUCCGUUUUUUAGUAGCAAGAAGGGGGAGAAACUUUUGGAAUUUUCAAAGCCCCUGAGAAAAAGAAGACAGAAUUUUGCAGAAUUUUCUGUGAACAUUCUCAACCAUUUUCGUGGCAGUUGCCAUUCCUACAUCCAGUGCCCCAAAUAAUGACAAGUCCCAGACAUUGUGGAAGAUGCAAAAUGGUGGCCUGGCUGCUGCCAGUGCUGGUGGUGUUGCUACUUGCAGCAGGGUGGUGGGAAAAUGCUUAGAAAAUACCUUUGUCACUGCUGUUGCUAAUGGUGAGUGACCCCUGGAUUGAGAAACUGUUGGAGAAUUUCUCUUCCCCUUGGAUUAUUUUUUUUUUUUUUGAGAAAUCCCUAUUUCUCUGUCCACAAAUAUAGUGUUGGACAACAACUCCCACAACCCCUAACCGUUAGACAUUCUAGCUGGGGCUGAUAGAAGUUGGAGUCCAGCAACAUUUGUACGAAUGUAGGAACCUGCCUUUCAUUGAGCCAGCCCAUUGGUCCACUUCACUUAGCAUUGUAUACACCAGAACUGGAUCUGGUUGGGAGAACUGGAUCCAGAAGCAGCCAACUCUCUAUGGGCCACUCUGACAGGUGAGCAGGACUGCCCACCUGUCCCGACGAUCACUUCAGCAGCAUCUGAAAUUGGAACAGUUUCCAGAUGGCUAGUCUUGAUAAUCUAAUACACUAAACCCAACAUGGCACCUUAAAGACUGAAAAAUAGACUGUGCCAUGAGCUCUUGGGAGUGCCACAAACAUAAAACCCCCACAUCAGAAAUGCCUCCUGGAGGAGGGGGGUCACCAGCACUGAUGUAGGAACUGCCAAUGCGAUCCUUAACAAUUCCAAGUAGAAAGUUGACCACAACCACACUGUUUAGGUAGCAUGAACUAGGACUUAGUUCAACUCCUCUUUUCUAAGUACCCAGUGAGGUUGUUGAUGGUUCCAACAGGCAUCACCAUGUCCGAAGGAAGUGAACCGGGAGCUGCUGAACGACAGCUCUUGCUGGACCAUCAUUGGGACGGAAACCGCAGAAUACACAUUCAGUGACUGCCUCACUGGCAUUCAGGAUCCUGUGAGCCCGGUCCCUCUCAUCACAGCCCUGGAGGUGAGUCGAGUUCUUUUGCUUUGUGAAGAAGAGAGAAAAAUCUGGCAGAAACUUUGGCUAACUUGCUUUAAUGAAAUACGGAAUUAUCCCCAUUUCCUGGGAUGCUACUCAUGAUUACUUGGAGGAGAUUAAAUCACACACCCAUCUUCCCAUGCUCAAGAUACUCAGAAGGUGCACUUCUUUCACUCUUUCAGUGCAUGCUGAUGGGUGCCAGGGGGCUUCUCAUCUGGUUUGUCAUUCUGACUGUGAAAUUGGAAGAUAGCAAUUCUUCUGGCUGACUUAAUGUAGACUACAAGGGACGCGGGUGGCGCUGUGGUCUAAACCACAGAGCCCAGGGCUUGCCGAUCGGAAAGUCGGCAGUUCGAAUCCCCACGAUGGGGUGAGCUCCCGUUGCUCGGUCCCAACUCCUGCCCACCUAGCAGUUUGAAAGCACGUCAAAGUGCAAGAAGAUAAAUAGGUACCACUCCGGCGGGAAGGUAAACGGCGUUUCCAUGUGCUGCUCUGGUUCGCCAGAAGCAGCUUAGUCAUACUGGCCACAUGACCCAGAAGCUGUCUGCAGACAAACGCCGGCUCCCUCGGCCUAUGGAGUUAGAUGAGCGCACAACCCCAGAAUCGUCCACGACUGGACCUAAUGGUCAGGGGUACCUUUACCUUUACCUUUUUACAAGGGUGUAAACUUGGGUAUGCAAUAUGGGAGCCUCUUUGAGAAGGGAAGACGAGUUGAAAACAGUAAACUUGUGAUUUAUAAAUGAACUACAGUUGUACCUUAGAUCCCGAACGCCUUGUGACUUGAACAUUUUGGCUCCUGAAUGCCACAAACCUGGGAGUGAGUGUUCUGGUUUGCAAAUGUUCUUUGGAACUCGAAUGUCUGGCACAGCUUCUGUGGCUUCCGAUUGGGUGCAGAAAGCUCCUGCAGCCAAUUGGAAGCUGCGCCUUGGUUGUCAAACAUUUUUGGAAGUCAAACGGACUUCUGGAACGGAUUCCGUUUGACUACCAAGGUACCACUGUAUAUUGACACCACCUGCUCUUCUGCAGCCUCUACAUCACUCAGAUUAACAAAUGUUGGAUGGAAGGCUGUUGCCUAUUUUCAGUCCUCUUAAUAUGAAGACUGCUGUUUUAUAGGCCCUAUGUCAGAUAAGAAAUGUCCCAGGAAUUUACGUUGCAAAUGUGAGAUAACAAGCUAGUGAUGUCAUGUAACCUCCACACCACCUUAUCAGGAUGAAUGCUCAAGGAACAGGCGACAUUGCAUAGCCGCCACAUAAUUUUGUCCAAAUAUAUCAGCAGGAAUGCUCGAUUAAGCAGCCAGUCUGGAAUCUCCCGUGCUUGCUUUAAUGUCAGAAGGUGGAAGGGGAAGAGGGAGGCGAGGCUGUGCUCUAACUUCAUGAUGAGAUGUGUGUAACCUUUUCUCCCUGCGACUGGGUCUGCUUCUCACAGCUGGCAGGUGGAGGGGACGUGGCGAUGCUAGAAGUACAGGGCGAGUACUUGCAUGCAAACCUGAAGGUUUGGUUUGGCGAUGUGGAAGCCGAGACCAUGUACAGGUAAAGCAGAGAGACAAUCUGUUGUGCAGACAAAGUAUGUUAAGCUGGGCCGUUUUGCAGCCGCUAUUCUUUGGGCAUGUUCCAGACAAGUGGGGCGUUCACACGUUAUAUUCAACAAGUGUAUACUUGCUGUAAACUCACAGGGAGGAAUUCAACAUAGCGCUAAGCAGAUCGCUCCAUCAGCGCAAGCAUUUCUCCUCUCCCUGUGUGCUGUUCCAGGGAUUUUCCUGACCGCCACCCAAGCCAAUCUGGGGAGAAUGGGGCAUGCAAGGAGAGGAGGGAGAAAGCCCCCUUGUUCUUGCAGAAGUCUUUGCAUGGAAGAUGUACUGGAAAGUGUGGGGUAAUUGCUGGGUGUGGUAUCGUAUAACUUCCCCACAAACAAAUCCAAACAAAUGUUCAAUAAACAAUGGGCAUCAUAUAACUUCCCUGCAAAUCAGGAUGAAUGCUCAGUGAAAUGGGCUGUCUGGAAGUGACUCCAAUGUAACCCUUUGAGUCACUGCGGGGAGGAAGAAGAAACCCCAUUUUUCUUGUGUUGUGCAUUCUUUUCCUCCUUAGGAGUCCCAAGACUUUAGUAUGCGUUGUUCCUGAUAUCUCUGCGUUCAGCCGUGACUGGAGGUGGCUGAGAUACCCCAUCACUGUCCCUCUCCUACUGUUAAGGAAUGACGGCUUGAUUUAUUCCAGCACUUUCAGUUUCACAUACACACCAGAGCAGAGUUUCUUGACUGGGCAACCAAUCCUGCCAAAGGUGAUGCAGGAUUCCGACACCUUGCUUGAUACCAUCCAUCAGGAGUUCACGAAGACCAACUUUCAUCUCUUCAUGCAAAGUUAGAGCCGGUGUUCUAUGUAUGCCAGGAUUCAACAGGAGUGCAGAGGACAGAGCAAAAGAUUUGGCUUCCUGUUAAUCUUAGCUUUAAUUCUCAUGUCUUAUUUAGGGCUGGGCGAUAUCUGGUUUUCAACGUCGUGAUAGAUCACCAGCUAAACAUCACGAUAUACCAGUAUAUCACGAUGUCUGAAAUAAGGAUGGAGCUAUGUAGAGGCAUUGGCUGGCUUCACAGUUUUCCCCGCAUUGUGAUUUUUGCAUAGCACACACACACACACACAAUCACGAUUCACAAUAUAUUGCCAGGUCAAAAAAUAUGAAACAGAUAUUACAAUACGGACUUCAAACAGGUUUUGGACAAUAUAUUGAUAUAUCGCUGAGCCCUAAUGCAUAUACCUGAAAGUAUGUGGUGAACUAUAUCACCUGUAAACCGCCAACACCAGAGAGGUGGCUGAAUAAGAUGGGCCUGUUGUGACUAUCAAGGCUGAAAAAAUUGUGCAAAAUAGCAUUCUAUUAUACAUUAUGCGGAAAUCAUGAAAUAUUGUUCAAUGUGCAUAACUUUUCCAAGUACAGAAUCUGGAUUUCUUGGACAUUACGAGUUAAGAAUAAAUAAAUAGUGCUUAUUAGACUGCAGUGACAAAAGAACAUAGUUGCAGAGCACCAGCAUCUCAUAUGAAAAGACACUUUCAUUUGAUGGUCACCUGGACUUGAACCGUUUCUUAUGGAGAUGAUAUGCUGCACUAUCUGUGGAAUGGGGAUUCAGGGCUGUAUAUGUUACGUUGCAUUUAUCUGAAACGUAAUUAAAUAAAAAAAAGGUAGUGGAUUA